AUGGGCAAUAAGUUCUGUUGGGAUGACAAGAGAAACGAAUACAAGUAUCAUGCUAAUGAUUUAGAAGGGGGUGAUUAGAACCAAGUUUAGGCCAUCAUUAAUAAUGUGCAGAAGGAAUAGGAGAUUAAAUUAAAGUACUCCUCUGAAAAUGAAUAGAGUGAAAGAGAUGAUUAAAGCAGCUAGCAAGAAAUCCCAAAUGGAAAACAGGAUAAGCAGAUUGCAUAAUAGUCAUUGGUGGCUUAAUUAGGCGUAGAUGAUAAUUUGUCAGAGUAUAACUACGACUAUGAUUCAGAUCAAGAAAUAUAGGAGAUGUCCAUACAUCGCAAUGAAUUUGAAAAGGAUGUAAAGUUUACCAAGAGAGGACUGAUCGAAGAAAUAGAAACAACACUGACUUAUGAAGAUAGUGAAGAAUAAUCUAAGCAGUGGGAUUUGAAGUUAAGCAAGGAUGAUGUGAAAAUUUUCAUAAAAAAGGGGGGAAGCAAAUUCAACACUGAGCAGCCCUACAUAAAAACUGUGGUGCUCUUUAAUGCUCACUAUUCAAUGAGAAAAGUUGUAGAGGUUGUAAGAUUAUCCAUUGUUUUUAAUAGCUUAUUAUCACUACAGAUUUUCAAUGAAAAGCACAGAAUGAAAUGGGAUAAAAACGUUUUGAAAUUGGAGAUUAUUACUUAGGAAUUCAAUAAGAAUGUUUGGCUCAACUAUCAACUGAAUAAGAGUCCACUGAACUUUUCAAAUAGAGAUUUCCUUGACAAAUAAAUUAAAUUCAGAGACAGAAAUAACUUCUACUGCUACUAUUCUACUAUUCCUCUUGAGACUCAGAAUCAGAUAAAACCGAUUCCUCCUAAAGUUGAACGUGCAUAGACUAUUUUUGGAUUAUAGAAAUUAAGCCGUCGUCCUUAAGAUGGCAAAAUUGAGUACGUAAUGAUCAUGCAAUGCGAUCUGAAAAUGAAAAUUACACCUAAACUAAUUGGAAUGUUUCUACCAGCUGGACUCUAGGAAUGGGCUAGGAAAUGCAACAAGUAUAUUGCUGACAAUUAUGAUACUAUUUGA